CUAAAGCCCUAACGUGGAAGCGCUAAAGAGGAGGUAGAAUGCUGGAUCGAUCGGCGAGAGUGAUCUCGGCGGUAGGAGAGUGAUCGCAGGCUGGGAGUGUGAUUGAUCGCCAGGCGCGGUCGAUCGGCGGCGGCUCUUGCGCGAUGAGGUGAGAUUCGAGCGCGAUUUCUCACGAUGCAGAGCCAGCCGUCGCAGAUCCAUCUUACUUUCAGCUUGAAUGUGGAGAUUCUGUCGAGGCUGGCGCAGUGGAGGAUCGACAGCCUCACUCCCAAUCUCUGCUGGAAAUCAAACAAUUUUAAGAUGGGUGUGUGGACAUGGCGCUUGCAGAUCAAAAAAUGUGGGCCUUUGCAUGUCUGGCUUUUCAAGGAACACUCGGAUCAUCCAAGCGAUCAAGUGCCAACUGUAGCUUUUGUUCUUCGUGUUCUUCAUGGACCAGGUCUACGUCAAGUAGUCCAGUCUCAAGUGAAUGACAAGACUUUCCUCACGAACGAGUACCACGCUUGGUCUGUGGAGACUGCGAUCCAUGGAAAGUUCGUCGUGGAGGCCGAGUUUAUAGACAUGAAAUGUGGCUCGCAAGCCGUAAGUUUCUCUCUAGAACACCAUCAGCAUCGAUCUCAAAGUCGAAAAUCGAUCCAGCCCGCCGCUCACCAGGCCGCGCUGAGCUGCUUGAGCUACAUGCUAGACAGUGGCGUCCACACAGACGUGACGAUCACAACGCCGAGCGGAAGCAUUGGAGCACACUUGGCGAUCCUGGCGACGCGCUCUCGAGUUUUCCAGGUGAUGUUCUCGCACGACUUGAGAGAGAGGAAGACUUUCACGAUCGAGAUGGAGGACAUGUCGCUGGAAUCGCUCAAGGCACUUCUAGCAUAUCUCUACGGCAGCAUCAAUCGCCCAGCGUUUCACAAGCACCGGAUGGCUCUCCUCGCCGCCUCGGACAAGUAUGAUAUCGAGGAUCUCAAGCAGGCAUGCGAGGAAAGCUUGAUGGAGGAUAUAAACUCGGACAACGUUCUGGAGAGACUACACAACGCGUGGAUGUUCCAUCUUCCAAACUUGAAGAAGGAUUGCAUGAGAUACCUCUUCGAAUUCGGCAAGAUUCACGACAUUCGUGCUAAUUUCGACCAAUUCCUCCACUCUACUGACAAAGAGCUUCUCAUUGAGAUGUUCCAGGAGGGUUUAAAUGCCGUACACUUUUAAUUGGUUGCUUUAAUGUUUUGUAAUUUUGUAUAUGUAUGCUUAAAAAUAUUCCAAGAAUGCUUUUGUAA